AUGGUAAACCCCUACAGCGACCACGAGCAUACUGAAGGCCGCACCAGGAUUGUCUCUCUCCCACUUGCACAACAAGCCAAGGUGAUCGUCCCCCUUCUCUUGUACUCCUUCAUCGGCCGAUUCGACGAAGACGGCCCCAUCUAUCAGAUGAAAGACAGCAACAUGCCCUGGGCACCAUGGACUUGGAGUACCGAUAAUCCGGCCCUGGCCGAGGCGGUCUCUGCUCGACUGCGCGCCAUCGGUGUGCGGGAGGAGCUGUGUCAGGUUUCGGAGUCGGAUCCCGAAAUGACCAAGACUGCGCAGAAAAAGUGGGACAGGAUGCGACGGGAGCUGGAAGCGGCCGUUCCUUUUCUCCCCGAGGAUCAGUUUGAGGGCGAAGUGGACCAGAGCUGUAAUUUCUGUGGGUUUACGCCGUCGUUGGACUAUAGCUUUCAGCGAUGUGCUCGUUGCAAGUGGGCUUAUUAUUGCAGUCGGGAUUGUCAAAAGGCGGAUUGGAGCUCUCAUAAACAGGAUUGCUGUCCGACGACUUCAUGA